AUGGCAGCAGGUGACUUCAAAAGCGUCCACUUCGCAUCCCAAGUAGCCUCCCUGCAAGCCUUAGGCCAAGAACUCUGCGCAUAUCACCAGCCUCAAGGGAACAGCUCACCAAACACGGCCGAAGAUCCAGGGCCCAGCAUCCUCCUCGGCAUCAUGGUGAUGCUCACAUCUCAGAUCCAAUUCUCUGCCUACGCCCCGUGGCAAUCCCACAUCACCGGCGCAUGGAGCAUAAUCCUCACCCACGGCCCCUUCGCGGCCGUCGCCAACUCAGACCCAGAACUCUGCCGCCUACUCCAGCAAUUCGCAAUCUUUGACAUCUUCGGCACGUCCACCCACGGAGCCAUCAACGCCACCACCCACUCAUCGUCCGUCGCAGGCACGAUCCUCGCAAGACAAGAAUCCUACGAAGCAAUCUUCCAAGACUCUGAAACCGACGCCGGCAAUCCGUGGAGGCUGGUCCCCAACGACCUGGCCAAGAUCCUGAUCCGCAUCAACGGGCUACGGGCACGGAGGGCACUAUACCCAGAGACGGCGAAGCAACUCCCAGAAGGUCUAUCUGCUGUGCUAGAGUAUCUCGGCACCUCACCGCCCGAGAAAUGGGCCGCAGAGAUCUCGGCGACUGCACAGGUCUCGCUGGCACCAACCAGACUGAGCGAGGAUCAGGAAACAAAAGACGCCUGGGUCGCACUGAUGACGACGUAUCACGCCGCCUUAUACGCCAUCAACAGCCUCGCCGGCCUCGGAACCGCACCGAGAUCGAGCACCCUCUGGCCAGAAGAAGCCUCAUCCCAUCUCGCAAGAAGAGAGUCAACAGCAUAUAGCGCACUCGUCGCGAGCCUCCGCGUCCUCUUCACCCAAAGAGCCCAGCGACAUCCCUCACAAGCUACCAACAACGAAACACCAUCAAAUCCCAUCGCAACCAGCGCGGGGUUGUUACACAAAUUCGUCAUCUGGCCAAUGGUCAUCGGUGGAAUCCAAUCCACCCUCAUCUACAACGACCAAGAAACCACAACCUUCAUGUGCUCGGGUAUGCAAGCGGUCGGUGAAGAGCUGGGCACGGUAAGCAUGAUAGACGGUGCUCGCCUCGUCGAGAAGCUGCAGCGGGAGGCAAAGCACGGUCGUAAGUUUUCGUCAUGGGACGAGCUGUUUGAGGGGGCACCCUUGUUCUUGAUGUGA